AUGGCGCUCGACAACUACUAUCGCAAUAAGAUUGAGAGCAUGAAGCUGGAGAUUAUUCAGGGGCAGGCUGUACUACGAAGACUCGAAGCACAACGCAAUGACUAUAACUCGAGAGUGCGGCUCUUGCGAGAGGAGCUUGGCUUACUUCAACAACCCGGCUCAUAUGUGGGAGAGGUGGUGAAGGUCAUGAGCACAAAGAAGGUUCUUGUGAAAGUACAUCCAGAAGGAAAAUACGUUGUCGAUAUUGCGGAUGGCGUCGACAUCACCAAGCUGACCGUCGGCAAGCGUGUUGCUCUGCUGUCCGACUCGUACAAACUCGAAAAGAUGCUGCCAUCAUCUGUAGACCCAUUGGUCUCACUCAUGAUGGUUGAAAAAGUUCCGGAUAGUACAUACGACAUGAUUGGUGGUCUCGAUCAACAAAUCAAGGAAAUCAAGGAGGUUAUUGAGCUUGGCCUGAAGCAUCCUGAGCUGUUUGAAUCUCUCGGUAUCGCACAACCCAAAGGUGUUCUUCUCUACGGGCCCCCAGGGACCGGGAAAACGUUACUUGCUCGAGCAGUUGCCCAUCACACAGACUGCCGAUUCAUCCGUGUUAGCGGCUCGGAACUUGUCCAGAAAUACAUUGGUGAAGGUAGCCGGAUGGUUCGUGAGCUUUUUGUCAUGGCUCGAGAACAUGCGCCCAGCAUCAUCUUCAUGGAUGAAAUCGACAGCAUUGGCUCUAGUCGGAUAGACUCUGCCGGGUCGGGUGAUUCAGAAGUCCAGCGCACAAUGCUAGAGUUGCUUAAUCAAUUGGACGGAUUUGAGCCGACGAAGAAUAUCAAAAUCAUCAUGGCGACAAACCGACUUGAUAUCUUGGAUCCGGCGUUGCUGCGUCCGGGAAGAAUUGAUAGGAAAAUCGAGUUCCCGCCGCCAUCUGUUGAAGCCCGCGCGGACAUUUUGCGAAUCCACUCCCGAUCGAUGAACCUGACUCGUGGAAUCAACCUCACAAAGAUUGCCGAAAAGAUGAACGGAUGCUCCGGGGCUGAACUCAAGGGUGUGUGUACGGAGGCGGGAAUGUACGCACUCCGAGAACGUCGGGUACAUGUCACUCAGGAGGACUUUGACUUGGCCACCGCCAAGAUCCUCAACAAGCAUGACGACAAGGAGGUUGCGGUCUCGAAGUUGUUCAAGUAG